AUGGUUUCACAUUCACAUUCGCAUACUCAUCAAAAUCAAAAAGAUAUAGAAAAAGAAAAAUUAUUAAAAGAAAGAUUAGAUUCAAUAAAAUAUUAUGAAACUUUUAUAAAUGAAACAUUAAAUGUUGAUUUAAAUAAAUCUAUAGAGGAUAGAGAAAAAGUUUUAGAAAAUUUAGAAAAUUAUUUAGAGUUAAAAAGUAAUAUAGAAUUAUUAAUUGAAAAUAAAAUGGAUUCAAUGAAAACAAUGAUAAAUUUAGGUUCAGAAUGUUAUGUUAAAGCAAGAGUACAAGAUACAAGUUAUAUAUAUGUUGAUAUAGGGUUAGGAAUUCAUGUUAAAUAUACAUUAGAAGAGGCAAUUAAAUUUAUUAAUGAAAAAGAAACAUUUUUAAACAAAACGGUUGAAAAUCAAACAAAGAAAAUUAAUCAGAUUAAAACAAAGAUAGAUUUAAUACAAAAUGGUCUUAAAGAAUUAAAACAUUUAGAAUAA